AUGUUCCACUCGGUCGACCUCACCACUGCUCUCCGGCCUGAGCUUCUGCCGGACGAGACUCUGCUGUUCGUGCAGGAUGCCGUUGGCCUGUACGAAGGGAAAUACAAGAUUCCUGACUUCCAAGAUGGCCAUGCUUACCUGACCUCUCAUCGCGCAUGCUACGUUGAUAACAAAGAGCCUCGGAAGUACUCCAUUGCAGUCAACCUCAAGGAUGUGGAGAAACCCGAGUUUUAUGCGGGGUUCCUCAAAUCGUCGCCCAAAAUAACCCUCUAUCCCAAGCCUUCCAAGAAGCCGAUCUUGUCUGGCGGCCCGCCCUACAGUCCUUCCUCGACUCCGCCACCACGCCAUGGAAGCCCUUUUCGUCCACUACCGCCGGCGCCUUCUACACCUGUCGCUGCAUCAGCAACGUGGAUCUGUCCGAUAUGCUCGUUCUCAAAUCCUGUGCCAUCCAACUUUGACCCAGCCUUCGCAAACUCAAACACGCCGCUUCCACCAUGCCUCGCCUGCGGCCUCAAGCCUCCACUGGUACAUUUGAUCAAGGCGGCGAUAGCGGCGAGCCGGCAGGCACAGCAAGAACCACCUACGCCCACAACCCCAGCUGGUUCCGGUUCACCUUUCGGAGCAGCACAGGCAGCCGGAGCCUCUCCAGGACCUUCCUCUUUCCAGUGUCCAAGGUGUACCUUUGAAAACCACCCUUCCUUACUCACUUGCGAGAUGUGCGGGGCUUCGCUUGUCAGCACUCCAGAUAAGCGCAGGGACUUGGGCGCAUCAUUCGGAAGGUCUGAAUCACCAGCACCAAUCCUCAGCGGUGCGCCAUUGGGCAGUAACGUGCCAGAGAGCAUCAAAUUCUCGUUCCGUGCUGGCGGAGAGAAGAUCUUCUUUGAGCGGUUAAAGGGAGCAUUGGUCCAACGUAAAUGGCUUCUCCAAAGUGCACCGCCUGUGCCGAAACCAAGCUAUCAGGAUGGCGCGGCCGGUCAAGACGGCAACGGUCUACCAACACGCAACAAAGUUGUCGGCAUCGCGGGUCUGGAACAACGGGGUUUUGAGCAGCGCAAAAACAACGAAGUCAUGAUCGGCAGUGCCUUUGAGGAUCUCGAGGCCUUGAUGACUUCGGCAAAGGAGAUUAUAGCACUUGCCGAGUCGUUCUCCACUCAAGCAAAUCUCAGUCCAACUGGAACCUCAUCGGAGGCCGGAAACUCAUCAGAGGCGAAUGCACUACUCUCACAGUCGGCAUCUGCGCUGGGCCUGGUCACUACGAAGGACAUGCUCGGAUCUGGCUCCGAUAGCCUCUACAUUUCGGAGCUGUCACGAAACAUUGCAGAGUUCCUCACGGACGAUACAAAAGGCAUACUCAGGCGCGAAGGCGGCAUCAUGAGCUUGGUUGACUUGUGGGCCGUCGUCAACAGAGCAAGAGGGGGUGUGGAACUGGUUAGUCCGACCGACUUCGAAAAGGCAGCGCAGAUGUGGGACAAGCUCAAACUUCCCGUGCGCCUGCGACGCUUCAAGAGCGGCUUGCUGGUUGUUCAGGGUCGCGAUCGCACAGACGAGAAGACAAUCGCAAGUUUGCUGGGCUGGAUGCAAGAGCUGCACCAUGCCCCGCCCCCGGGUGACGCCGCGUGGGACUGGGAGAAAUACGGCCGUGGAGUUACUGCGCAGGAAGCAGCGGAGUGGUUUGGAUGGAGCGUGGGUGUUGCGACUGAAGAGCUCGAGAUGGCGGAGGAAAGAGGAGCGCUGUGUCGUGAGCAGGGGCUGGACGGACUGCGCUUCUGGGAGAACUGGCUCAGUAAGCCACAGGAGGCUUGAGUUCGGCGGGAUUGAACGGUAGGGGUAGCAAUCCACAGAGACGCAUGGAACGGAUUGAAGAACGAGUUGCAUGGGUGGCGGAUAGUCCUUAGGGGAAAUAGAGUAGGUAGCUUCAUCAACGGGACCAAUGCUAGAAAUAUUAAACGCAG